UUUUAUACUUUCACAGUGGCGGUUUUGAAAUUAAACAGUUGGUUGAGAGAUAUAUCCUAUCUAUUUGGUCAUUAGAAAACAAAUCUUGACCUACCUGACCGUUACCCUUGUUAAUUAUUGACGGGUUGUCUUAAGUCAGGUUAAAUGGAAAGAGCCUUUUUUUAAACUGUAGUCGCUUCUGAUUGAAAUCACAUGAUGGCGCUACUUGUGCUUUCUGAAAUGUACGAAAAGUGUAAUGGCGGACUGCAAAAAUGUGGAUAUUGGACAUAAAAACUAUAUUAAAAAAACUGUGAAAAUAGUAGAUAAUUUAAUUUAUUAUCUAAGUGAUGUGUAAACUAAAUAAACAGAAAAUGUAUUACAUGUAAAAGUGCCUGUCGUGCAUUUGUGACACUUUUUUUAUUUGGGUUUGAAAAAAAUGGCCCCAUCUCCAGAAAAUGAUAAUGCACCUAAAGCACCCGAUAAAAGUGAUAAGAACAAGUCAGAAAAGCCCGCUACUUCCGAUACUAGUAAGGAAAAUGAUAAGGAUGAAAAGACUUUAUCGAACUUGAAUGACGGGGAGUUAAAAGCACUUCUGGAUGAGGCUAUCAACUAUAAAAAUCCGAAAGAUAGAGAAGGAAAAAGUAAACUUUUCAAGGAUCUCUUGAAUCAAGCUGAAGAAACUGAGCGUAUCGCACGUGCCACCAGCGCCGGCGGAUCUGAAGUCGCCCGUCACUAUAACACCUCGGCUGCCCGCCGGCAUCGCGGUCGGCACGGAAGUGCCACGGAUGGUGGUGGGGGCGGCCACCACGGAGGCGGAAGACAUCACGGAAGACACCGCAAACCGUCUUCCAUAUCGGAAAACAUGAUGCACGGAGGUAGUUUGGACAAUCUGGCCAAGGAGGAAUUAUUUCUUGAGUCUGCGCAUUAUUUGGUUAAUAAUAAGAUGAAGACGGUCAGCGCUAGACAGAGGGAGGGAGGGAGUUUGCCUUGUGACGUUAAUUCCAGUGUAAUAACUGCCCAUGACUAUCAGUUUCUCGAAGAGGCUAAGAGAAGUAAGGCUAUGAAAGAUAAGGAAUAUACUGCAAUAGAUAUUGAAUCAUCAUUGGAGUCACAGAGGCUUUUGGACCAUGAUUCUUUGGCAGAAAAUUAUCAAGAGUCACAGGAGAUAACAUUUGUACCAAGAUAUACUUCGAAGGCUACUUUGCAAAUCUCUGCUACUCCAGCGGACGACGCCAUCCCGUUGGAUUUGGAUAGCGUUGCCGAGAAGAAGCCCUACGACGUGGAGCUGCUCUCCACGAAAUUGUUGCAUAGCAAGUACAACGUGUAUAUACCAAAUUACAGAAGUACCAUUGAUGAAAAGAAAGUUGAUGAAAAUGGCAAUCUUCACCAAAACCCAAACCAAAAAACUAAGAAAAAGAAGAUUCAGACUGAUAAAAAUGUUGUGGUCCUCACAGCUGAAAGUGUCGAAGGCCAUCGCAGUGACAUAAUAAACGAUGUUGAUAAACUCUUUGAAUAUGUCAUGGGAGACAAAGAUGACAAUACCGGAGGAAGACCCACCAAAUCGAAUAUCCACAAAUCGAAGCAGCUUCACAAGCAGCAUGCAUCGGAAGACUCGGGCCGAGGAGGCAGCAGUUACAGUAGUGCUGGGAAGAAACAACGUGCCCAUUCCUCAAAGGGCAAGGAGUCCAGAUCGGAGAUGAAAAAGUCGAACUCGCUGGGCGAGAUCCCUACUGCUAAACUAGAUGAGUUCGCCUUUGUCGCUUCCAACGAGGAAGACAGGGAAAGUAAAGUGGUACUUAGGGGGAAUAAGAGUCAGUCGGAUAGACCGAAGGAGAGGCGGUCUUGGGGAAAUGUAGAGCCUCCACCUUUCCAAAUACUGUCGAGUAACGCUUCAACGGAAAACUUGGAAGCGGCCGAGAAUUGGGUGGUGAGCAAAACGAAAAAGAAAAGCAAGAAACGGCGGAACAGCGUGAGCAGCAGCGGCCGACGUCAAAUGUCAACAGCGGAAUCUCAGGCCGCUAAGCAACACUCGAAUCGUGCGCCGUCUCCGGACUUUCGGGGAAAAUCAGUGCCUCAUAGUGAAAAAUCCGAUUCGUCGGACGUCGAAUCUGUACAUUCGCUCCCCAUAGAGGGCAUCAACGUGCCGAUUUCGUACGCAGAUAUUGCUAAGAACGCCGAGAAAGCGAAGGAAAAGAAAACCUCGCCGGAAAAAAUCGAAAAAGUGCCAAAAAAAGACAAAUCGCCUAAACUCGAGACUGAUUCAAAUUUCAAAAAGGACAAAUCCAUCUCCAUUCUUACUUCAAAUAACAAUAAUUUAAAUCAUGUAAAAUCUCCUCCGGAUUUGCAUAGUGUCAAGAAUUUUCCUGCGAUGCCUACUGACGUUUCUCCCAAAAGUGUUUCUCCGCCCGACGUGAACGAUACGAGAAGUUUCCCCGCGAUCCCCGUCGAAAUUUAUAAUCUUAAAAGUCCACCCAUCGAUGCUCACAUACAAUCACCAAAUUUCCCUAUAAUAUCACCGCAUAAUGAAACCACCACCAACUUGAAACAAUUUCCCCCUGACGUGAACGAUACUAAGUCAUUUCCCGCGAUGCCCACGGAUGGACCUGCAACGAAAGGUUUCUUUUCUUUACCAGUGGACGUUAAUAACGUGAAAAGUUUUCCGGCCAUUACUAGCAAUAACAACAAGGGAUUGACGGUGGAGAAGACUAAUGUUCGAAACGCGUCUAUUAGUAGUGGAAGAGCGAGGACCGUAUCGCCGGGCAAUAAGGCCAUUUCGGCUAAAAAUUCUGUAUUAAAUAAUAAUAUUAACGAUAAUGUGAACACUGUCGCUGUGUCCCAGAACUACGUGUGUAAUGAUAUCCAGAAUGAUCUGUCGAUAAUACACUCAAACGAAAAGGAAUCGAUACAAUUGAACGCCCAGAAGAUGCCGCCAAACAUCCCCGACGUCCAGUCCAUUGAAAAGAUGCACUUUAUGAACUGUCAUUCUCAAGAAUACCCGCCCGUUCUCGCCGCUACUGCCCCUCGUUACGUCGCCCCCACUCACCCCCUUCUAACCAGUAAAACCGUCUCCGAAUCGACUCAGACACCACCUACCGAUAACGUGACGUCACCGCCUAUUAGCAACAAAAAUAAACAAGCAGACUGUGAUAUGGGUGAUCAAACGAUGAUAGGAGGAGGUGCGGAAGGUGAAGGCAUUGUCGGCGAAGAAGAGGAACGCCCGCCUCCAGUUGUAAUUUUAAGCGGAAUCGGGAACAAGGAAGUGACCGGUCUCGUGUUCGGCUUUGACGUGAACGAACAAUUGUUGCACGAUGACAUUUGCGAGGAUUUUGUCGCGAGGUUCGUCGCACCACAGGGGUAUACGCAAGCAUCCCAUAACCAUGACAAGAUAGUUAAUUUUAUUGGGUCAACGUGGGAAGCCAUAAUCAAUCAGUCAAAUGGUAAAGUGCAGUACUACAUGGAAGAAGAAUCUUAAAACAAAGAAGCCAAGUGUAUGUGUUGUAAUUGUUAUCGUUAAAGUACUAGUCAAAUACAGUUGACUUUUCUAAGUUACAAAUUAAAAUAAUACUUAAACUGACCUAAAAUGCGGAUUAACCCUAAAAAAACAGUUAGUGAAUUUUUUAAGCUAAAUAAAACUAAAACUGAGUGAAGGCGAGAAGUAUUAGGAGAAUAUUUAUAAAAAAAUACAGACUGCUAGUGGCAGAUCCAGUAUGAAACCGUCGGGAGCAAAACAGUGUCGUUGUCGUCGAAGUAGAAAAUCUCGAAUUUUCCAUGGAAAAAAAGAAGUUUGUUGUAGACCAACAAUGUUACGAAGUAGUUAACAAUUAGGGCUCCGGUAAUGAAAAUCCGGAGCCGACAAAAUUUUUUUAAAAAAUGCGUUAUUUAUUUUUUAAAAAAUGUAAAAAAAAGACUUUCCUGACACCAAAGUGUUAAAAAGUAUCGUCAAAAAUAACUAUUUUUAUUUUCGAUUGGUUAAAAUUUGUGAUAUGGUGCAAUGCUGGUUUAAUUGUUCCUAAGCGGGUGCUUAACAGUUUGGCUGCCAGUCGUCUUUCUGUCUACCCAAAUGGGUUGACAGUUAGUUUUAACAUUUUAGAUUUAUCUACACACGUGGGUAGAUCAAAAUAUUGCGCCACCUGUUAAAAAGCAGCAUUAAUUAUGCUUUAGAACCCAAUAUUGGCUACCUCGUGUCAUAUCCACUGGGUUGUCAUCAGCCAACCCGACUGGGUGAACACGGCUGACAAAGUGAUAAGAAUGACAUUUUAUAUUUUUUAUUUUUAAAUAUAGUAAAUUAUAUUAAAUUAGUAAAAAAAGGUUUACUAUUACUAUUAGCUACUAAGUAAAGGGAAAAUAUUUUUGUUUUCUAGUUAUAUUUUCUAUAUGAAUAGCUUAAAAAUAUAAAAAUUGCAUCAAUUUGUUCUAUAAUGCUACAUUAAGAAACAGUAUUAAAAUCAUAGAGGUGAGCUAGGACAUCGACAAUUUUUUAGAUGAUUGCUCUAUAGUUUUAUUUCGUUUCUAUAUUGGUUCUGUUAAAGGUAGGGGAUGUUAUAGUCAUUUGUCCUUGCACUAUUCGUUAUUCUGUGCUAAAACUUGGGUGCCAUAUCUCAUGAUAAUGUGCUUGCUCUUCGAAUUCUUUAAUGCUUCUCUUGGACUGCCAUUUUUCAGUCAUAUUUACUCGUCUCACUGAUUUUCUCUUGAUCAUUUUGUUUAGAUAUCACUACCACUACAUUUGUCUUUAUCUAAUAUAUUCUUAAAUAGGUUUACAUAUAUUUGUCUUAGUUAAAACUGUACUUAAUCCUUACAAGCCAUCGCGCGCUUUGCCUUUUAGUGAUUUGCUUACUGUAUAGUUGCAUCCAUAUUUUUCUUUCUCGUGUAUUAAGUGGGGGAACUGCAAAUAUACUGUUGAGCUGAUUUUUCAUCAGAUUACAAUUUUCAUUUAGUGUCAGUGCUAAAUGUAAAAAGUUUAGUAAACAGUUUGAAGGUAAUCAUGUCGUCACUUGCCCAAUAAUCAGAUUGCUCUCUACUAAAAAUUUAAAAAGUAAAAAAGAAUAUUCAGUUUUGAAGAUAAGAAAUUCGCCUUCAAAAAAAAAAAAAAAAACAUUUUAUGAAUAAGAAUGAAACGGUAGUGAUAUAUAAAAUGUCAUUCUUGAAGAAGUAGCAUAAUCAAUAAUGAGUUCUGGGUAAAUGUUGUAGUAUAAAUACUUAUUUUUUGACGGUGAUAUAUUUUAAUUUUUCUCCUUUUUUUUUAAGAAAAAAAAGUUUAUUUGGAAAAUAAAAUAAAGAAUAACAUAUAAAUAUUGUAAAAAAGUCUAAUAAGAGAAAUUAUAAUAUGUGUGUAUGCUUCUUUCUCUACAAUAUAUUAUACUGGAUGUUUUAAUUUUAGGACAUACACCUUUGGUCGCAUAAUUAAGAUGUCUAGUAUUUACAUACAUACCUUAUGAAGAAAAUUUUAUAAAUAAUCUAGAUGGUUUUAUUUCUUGAUACAGUGUGUUUCUGUUCAUAAUCUAGCCACAAAUUUAUACAGGGAGUUAUUUCUUAUCUAAAAAAACUUAUUAUGUAGCCUAUUUAUUUAAUGCAAUUUAAAAUGGUCAUUAUUUUAAUUUUAAUAAAAUUAGAUCUAUAUUCGAUUCAUAUUUAAUUUUUUUUUUUUUUAAGAACAUAUUCGAUUCAUAUUUAUUUUUAUUUAAUUUUUUUUAUGUUCAACAUAUUAAUUUUUUUAAAUCAUUUCAUACAGGAUGUUUCAUUAAUAAUGGAAAAUGGGGUAACUGGAAAUACUAAUUGACCCGAAUGUAUCUUUAUACAAAUGUAAUUUAGGAAAGUUAAAAUUUUAUUUCCCUCUUUGUCACAAUUAUGAAAAUUCUUAAGUUAUCGUUUUGAAAAUUGGCAACUCUUUUUUUUGUAUAAAAGCGUCUUAACAUUUUUCACAGAGAUAACAACUUAUAAUUAGUGCUUUGAUUAAAAUGGUUAUAACUAUUUAUCAUGCACAUCUAUGAGCAACGUGUAAAAUGGUAAUUAUUUCUUUUUUUGUACCAAAAACGUUGCCAAUUUUCAUGUCAAUAACUUAAUAACGUUCAUAUAACGAAUUUCCCAUUGGCAAUGAAAUAUCUUGUAUAUUUAAAUUAUUUUUUGUGAUUAUAUUAUCUAAAGAUUUUCUUCUUUUUUAAUGGGUAAUAUCCAGUUCACACAUCUAACUAUAUAAGUAUUUUGGCAUACUCUAAUAUCAAAAACUGAUAUAAAAUCAUAGAAAAUACAUUUAAUUUAACAAAAAUUACAUAUAUCUUAAUUACUGUGAAAUUUUUGACGUUUAGGACACAAUUUCUACACGUUGUUUUUUUAUGCGCCAUUUUCUCAAAUAUCAGAUGUAUAACACAUCGUCAGCAUCUGACAUAUCCGUUAUUUUCAGUAAAUACUUAUUUAGAUGUUAUAACUCUGAUGAAAGCUUUAAAAUUUAAGACAAUACUUCAUACGAUACAAGUACAGGGUGUUUUAUAAUGUUGAAUAAAAGCUUUCAACAAUUAGAAUAACGAAAUAUAAUUAUCUUAUGUCGAUUAUUUUUCCAUUAAAAAAUCAUCUUUAAUAUAAGUUAAUAAAUUUGCAGAAAAUUUUAAUUGCUGGUAGAUAAAACAUCGCUAUAUCCAUAUAUGUAUAACUUUUAAUAAGCCAGAUUUGUUACUCGUUUUGAUAGACUUCUGUUGUAGUUAUUUAUAUUUUACCUUCUGCCAGAUUUUUGUAGGUCUCUCUUAUCUCACACACACAUUUUCUAUUUUCUACUUUCGCUUCUAUUGUAUUUUGCACAUUUUAUUUAUAUACUAAAAUAUAUUUCUGUUAUGUUAUAUAUAACUUCAUUAGCCUCCGAAUUUAGAAUCAUAACAUGUUAAAUGCCACUUGUUAAGAGAGAAGAGACUGACCUAGCAGAAAAUAUAAGAUAGCAGCAGUUGUGUUAUCUGGAAGUCAAAAACUGAUAAAGAAAACAAACAGGAUUAAUCAACGAUAAUAAAUAAGCUAUGUACGUACACCUAACAGACCUGCACAUAAUCCACAAUACAUAUAGCCUAUAAUGCUGUUUCCUGCUUAAAUAUUCCUUAUUUAUAGAGAUACUUGUAGUCUAGAUACGCCAUAUUAGAAACACCCUGUAUUUCAAGCGUAAAACCGACAGAAACAUAUUGGAAGCUUCCUCUGAGCGAAAAAAUAGAUAUCACUGUUAAAGCUAGGUCUUUAACUAUGUUUAUUUAUUAUGAAUAAAGAAAGUGAAAGAAGAAAAAUAAUUAGGUGCGCUCGACAGUGUGGAUGUUACUCAACUUGAUCGGGGUCCUCAAAUUGAAUGAACACCCACUCGUCACCUUUUUGUUUAUUGUAAUAUAGUUGUAAUAUUAAAUUAUAAACGAAGAAAAACAGCUAAGUCAUUUUUUAGUUUUUUAAAUAUAAUACGGCUGAAAUAGUUAUUUUUGAAAAUUUAGACAGAUCUAGGUGGACCUACUCGCUAGAUUUUAUAUAUUAUACAGGUAAUUUUUUCAAAUUGUAAAUUGUUAAAUAUCAAAACGCUAUUGUAAAUGAUUCAUUUAGUUCUGUAGGUAUCAAGGCUGUUAUUACGAGCUUUGCAAGUUUAGUUCUGAUUAAUACGGGAGAAGAUUGAGAGGUAUACGAUUUUAGCAAUUUACUUUGCAUAAAUUACUUCAAAAAGUUCGUCAACUGUUUUUUUUUGUCAAAUAACUCUUGAAUUGAUUCCUAGUUUAAACCAUCAAUAAUUUAUGUAUGCAUUAUUCCUUUGAAUAACUCAUUCAAUACUAUUUCAUCCUAUUAAAAGUCAAUUGACAAUUAAAAUAUUAAUUAUCCAUUAGUUGGCAAUAAGAAAAUGUUAAAUAUGAUUUCAGUGAUAAAAUUAUGUCAGUGGAUCUUUUUGAAGUAAUUUUAGGCAUAUUGAUUUUUCCAAAUAUUUUACUUGUAUGAAAUUGGACUAAUAGUAAACCAACCCUUUUUAUUAUGUAGUUGUUGAGAUUUAUAAAGUUUAUAUACAGGGUACUGACACCUCAAUUCUCUUUUUGUUUUAUACAGUCUGUCUCAGUUGCUCUUUACGCUAUGUCCCAAAAGUUCCUAAGUUCCAUUCAAUGUUCCAACAUAUUGUUUUAAAAAUAUAGAACUUUAAUGCUCACUUUAAAAAAAGUUAAUAUAUUGUAUUAAAUUGCACGAAUAUUUGUUUUAAAUGUGUUCCAUUUUGAGAUAAUUUUAAUCCUAAUGUAAUUAGUUACUACAUUUGUGUGGGACAUGUGUUUUUCAUUUUGAGCCAUAGUUUUAAAAGCCUUGAUGAAACAAUCUGAAAAAAACUAAUUUGUAAAAUAGUUGUUGUUUAUUUUGUUAUUUUUUUUUUUUUUAAUUUUGCUUUUGGUUAUUUUUUAUUUUACAGUUUAUUUUGUAAUUAUGAAAUAAAAAUAGUGAAACAUAAUGAAACUUUUCUAACUAAGUGAAUUUCUUUUAUUAAAUAGAAAAUUUUUUGUUUGGAAAAAUAUUUCGCUCAUUUAUUUUCCAAAAAAAUGUAGAAUAGAUGUUGAAAUUUUAACUGGACUCAUUUUCUUCUUCAUUUGUGUAAUAAAAAUAUAAUUAUGGGUAUACUGUUUUAGCGA